AUCAGAUAUGUGAAUGCUUUAUUCUUCAUACUGAUUGAUUUACACAGAAAGCAGAAUGAGUUAUAAACUGAAAUGAGAUAUGAGGACAGCAACUACUGUUGACUUGGUGCUUCAUCUGUCUUGGUUGACUGGCAGAGUCUCCCAACUUCACUGCUAUUUCUUCUUUCUUCAUCGUAUCUUCCAGGAAGCAGACCUAAAAUUCCCAACGCGGAAUUCUUUCCGACCAAAACCCGCUUCUCUAUUUACUGCAUUUUUGUUUAUCUGAGACUUCAUUUUCCUUUUGUCUAUGCUUAAUUUGUUUAGUUUUCUGGGUCUCCAGUACUGUUUUGAGGUAUCUACACACUGCUGAAAACAGAUUGGGAGGAUCAGGUGAGAGUUGGAGAGACAUGACUGAUGCAGUUGUAGAAUUUCUUCUGUCGAAUUUGAAGGAGCUGCUUCUUUACCAUUCAGAUUUGAUCUAUGGACUCAAGGACCAAGUGGAAUCCCUUCACAAGGAUCUCAGUUUGAUGAAAGCAUUCCUCAAGGACUCCAGAGAGAAACGUAACGAAUUUGAAUACGUUAGAGAAGUAGUCAGACAGAUUACGGAUGUAGCGUACGAGGCUGAGGAUAUCAUCGAUACGUUUGUAGUCAAUGCAGCAAUGCAGAAGUCGAGAAGCAGGAUGGGCAGAAUGAUCCACGUGUUCGAUAAUGCUUCUCUGCUUCGUAAUGUUGGAAGACAGAUUGAAUCCAUCAGGGCAAAGGUGAAGGAGAUCUAUGACAAGAAAAUGUUUGGAAUAGUGAGCAUGUCCGGAGGGGAGCCGUCACGCAGAAGUGCACGGGAAAAACGACCACCUGUUGUGGAGGAGGCUAACGUUGUGGGGUUUGAUGAAGAGGCUAAAACCAUAAUUCAUCGUCUCACAGAAGGGCCGGAGCAUUUGGAAGUGGUUUCUGUUAUCGGCAUGGGAGGGCUUGGUAAGACAACUCUGGCGAGAAAAGUUUACGUGGAUCCUUCUAUAGAAUAUCACUUCUAUCUCCGUGCUUGGGUUUAUGUGUCUCAAGAGUACAGCAGGCGGGAAGUGUUUCGUGGGAUUUUAGAAUCUCUGGGGCUCAUGAACAAUCAGAUGCUCAAUAUGAGCGAUGAUUGGUUGGCGGAGGAACUAUGCAGGCAUUUGAGGAACAAUAGGUACCUUAUCGUCAUUGAUGACGUUUGGACGAGAGAAGCUUGGGACGACAUCAGAAUGGCCUUUCCAAACACUGACUUGGCGAGUAGGAUUUUGUUGACAAGUAGAAAUAGAGAGGUAGCUUUGCACGCUAAUGCUGAUAGCGCGCCUCACAAUUUACGUUUUCUGACUGUUGAUGAGAGUUGGGAGCUCCUAUGUCGGAAGACUUUUCGAAAAGAGAGAUGCCCUCCGGAGCUGGAGGAUCUUGGGAGGCAGAUCGCGAGAAAAUGUUAUGGGCUGCCACUCGCAAUCGUGGUUAUUUCUGGUCUUCUGUUGAAGAGGGAGAAGACGCACGACUGGUGGAAGAAAGUAGCCGAUAGCGUUAGUACACAUGUUGCUAAAGACCCAAAGCAGUGCAUGGAUGUAUUAGCACUAAGCUACAAGCAUUUACCAGAACAUUUAAAGGUUUGUUUCAUCUACUUUGGAAUUUUUCCUGAAGACUAUGAGAUCCCUGUUUGGAAACUGCUGAGAUUAUGGGUUGCUGAGGGAUUUGUCCAGGAAAGUGGACAAGAAUGCUUGGAGGACUUAGCUGAAGAGUAUUUAGAGGAUCUUGUGGACAGAAAUCUAAUCUUGGUGGCAACGAAGAGAGCUAAUGGUCGAAUUAAGACGUGUCGUAUUCAUGACAUGCUGCGUGAUUUGUGCGUAAAAGAAAGCGCAGAACAGAAGUUUCUACAGGUGAUCAAGGGUUUUGCACCAAAUUGUCCAUCCUCGACUUCCACCCAAAGCUAUCAUCGUAGACUUUGCAUCCAUUCAAAUGUGCUGGAGUUCAUUUCAUCAAAGCCCGUUGGUCCACAUGUCCGCUCCUUCUUGUGUUUCGUCUUAGAGGAGAAGCAUGUGCCUCGACAACACACAUCGUUCAUACUGGAUGCCUUUGGAUUAGUUCGGGUUUUGGAUCUAAGGUCCAUCAGUUUCUCACGCUUCCCCAAUGAGAUUGUGCAACUGGUUCACCUAAGGUUUAUAGCCCUUUUCGGCAACUUCAAGAUUCUUCCUGCAACAAUCUCCAAUCUCUGGAAUCUCCAAACGAUCAUUGUCCGAACAACAUGCCGUGAGCUCAACAUUCUAGCAGACAUAUGGAAAAUGUUACAGCUCAGGCAUCUUCACACCAGUGGGAUAAGUUUCUUAAAUGGUCCGCCAUCCCAAACACGAAAGAACUACGAGGAUCCUUUCGUGAGGAGAAAUAUACUGACGAUCUCUACAAUCUCACCGGACAGCUGCACUGAGAACAUACUAGCGAGAACUCCCAAUCUGAGGAAGCUCGGAAUACGUGGGAAGUUGAUCACACUCGUGGAGGAGAAAGGAGGGUCAACUAUGUUUGACAUUCUUGCCAAACUAGACCGUCUUGAGAGUCUAAAGCUGUUGAACGAUGCAUUCCCGCUGGACCCUUCAAGGUGCAUCAUUCCAGGGCUUCCACCUUCUUAUAAGUUCCCACCAAACCUAAAGAAGAUAACGUUAUCAGACACAUUGCUCGACUGGGAUCACAUGUCUACGCUCGGUAUGCUGCCGAAUUUGGAGGUUCUCAAGCUGAAGGACUAUGCUUUCAAGGGAAGUCGUUGGGAGCCUCUCGAUGGAGGGUUUCGUCUGCUUAGAGUCCUGAAAAUUGGGAGGACUGAUCUCAUAUGGUGGGAUGCUUCAGGUCAUCACUUUCCUAGACUUCAAUGUGUGGUGUUCAGACACUGCUCAAGCCUUGAGGCAAUUCCAUCUGGUCUAGCAGAAGUAUCCGCGCUGCAGAACAUGGAAUUGCACUGGCCGAAACCGACUGCAGCUUAUUCUGCCAGGUUGAUACAACGGCAGAAGCUACAAAUGCAGCAGUUGGGACUGCUGAAUACUGCAUUUAAGCUGUUUAUUUAUCCUCCAGAUGUUUAGUUGGAUCUCAGAGUAGAACUACCAGAUGUGUAUGUGUGUAUACAAGUGUGAUUUAUCAAACAAUCUUGUGUAGGUUGCUUUUAAUGGUGCCAAUAUUUGGUGAUUUGCUUUUCUUUUCUGCUUAAUGUUUUUGUGCAACUAUUAGACGCUGUCUGAAAUCGUUGGAAGUUUAAAUUAUUCUGUUUAAA